CGAGUCUCUCACACGAGCCCAGCUCCGGAUCUCAGAGCAGCAGAGAUGCGAGUCCUGGUCCUGAUGACGCUCUUGACGCUGUGUGCCGCUCUGGAUCCUGCGGCGCUGAAGGAGGCCACGGUCUAUCUGAAGCGAUACGGCUAUUUACCUCCAUCAUCCAGCGCUGAUCCUCAGGGAUUCAAACUGAGCAAAUCAAUGAGGCUCUCCGGAUCUUCCAGCGGGUGACCGGUCUCUCAGUGACGGGCCGUCUGGACGCCAGCACGCUGACCGCGAUGAGAGCGGCCCGCUGCGGUCUGAGCGAAUCCUUCAGCCGCACGCUGAGAUACCGAGUCCUGGGUCAGUGGCGUAAGAAGAGACUGACGUAUCGCAUCUAUAACCAUGCGCUGGCUCUGGGUUGGUCUGGGACGCGAGCGGCGGUUCACACAGCCUUCGGUUACUGGAGCGCCGUCAGUCCGCUUCACUUCCAGGAGGUCAGCGCAGGUCACGCCGACAUCAACAUCGCCUUCCACAGGAGAGACCAGGGCUGCCCUGUCGCGUUCGACGGACCCGGGCAGGUUUUGGGACACGCCGAGGGCCCGGAGUCCGGCACGGUUCACUUCGAUGCGGACGAGGUUUGGACGGAGGGGCGGAGUCACGGAUCAAACCUGCGAAUCGUGGCGGCCCAUGAGAUAGGCCACGCCCUAGGACUAGGCCACUCCCAGUUCCACAGCGCGCUCAUGGGCCCCGUGUUCAAAGGUUACCGCCGCGACUUCAGACUGCACCCCGACGACAUCCGCGGCAUACAGGCUUUGUACGGUAAGAGUAUGCAGUCGUGCUUCUGUUUGACCAAUAACAGGCCAAAACUGAUGUCAGCUCUCUCAGGAAAACCUGUGGAGAAAGCCUCCGGCGCUCAGAGAAAGCCUGUGCCGGACCCCUGCUCCGCAGGACUGGACGCCGUCAUGCUGGGGCCUCUUCACAAGACGUUUGCUUUCAGGGGUCAUUACGUGUGGACCGUCUCAGAAUCGGGAUAUAAUGCUCCGGUUCCCAUUAAUGCCCUGUGGAAAGAACUGCCCGGCGACAUCAAUGCAGCUGUUCACUCGCAAAGAACCAACAAAUCCUACUUUCUUAAAGGAGAUAAAGUCUGGAGAUAUUCCGGCUUUAAACUGGACCACGGCUACCCGAAACGCCUCACCAUUCCCUCCAACAUACAGGCGGCGUUCUUCCUCCAGAGCCGGCGCGCGCUGGUCUUCAUCAAGGGAUCAGAGUACUGGCUCUGGGAUGAACUGGGAUCAGCUAAACCCCUGCGGCUCUACCCCAGACCUCUGGCUCAGCUCAGCUCCGGUUUGCCCCGGGAUCCGGACGCUGCCUUCAGCGCGAGCGACGGACGCGUCUAUGUGUUCAGCGGAGAGCGCUUCUGGAGCCUGAGUCCUGCGCUGACGCUGGAGAAGGGUUCUCCGCUCCGCACCAGAGAGAGAUGGAUGCGCUGUGAUGACUAACUUUACAUUCAAGAUACAGUCGAACCAAACAUUACUCAGACACCUUCAACAUUUCUCACAUUAUCAGUUUAUUCUCUAUAGUUUAGAAAAUGGUGAUAAAAUAUGACAAGAACUCAGAGUUAAAUCGUGUCAGAACAAAUUCAUCUUGAUAAUGUGAGAUUUAACUAAAAAAUGAUUCUCUUACUGUUUCUGUCUUGUUUUCUAGUAUAAAGAUCUAAACAUUCUUGAAUCAAGAUGCAUUUACUGUACAAGUAAAAUGAUUUAAGAUGUUAAAAUAAAUUUUGUUAGUUUUUGCCUGCAAAUGGGGCAAGAAAAAUGAUCUUGUUCAGCCUUUGAAUGAAGAUUAUUUUUCUAACCCCAUUGAAAAACAUUUUUUGCAGUGUAUGUAAUGGAUUGCAAUCAACCAAAAAUUAUUCAGCUGUUAAAUUUAAGUUCACAAAUAAAUAAUACCAAUUUAGCUUAAACCAAUUACCAAGCAAUGCUUCAUUUUGUUCAGUCUGUGUGUAAAAAGGUCAAAGUAUGAAGAAUUUUUGGGUAUAAUAUGUCACAGUUUACUUUAUUUUGCUAUCCUCACUUACAUAAAUGAACUGUAGUGUCCUGC